UUGUCUUAUUUUUUUUUUUAAAUAUUUGUGUGUGUGUGCUUGAUGCAAGUCGCAAGAACAUCAAGAAAAUACCGCAUGUUUAUAAUAAAUAUUUUUUGUCACAUGCUUUUGAUUGUUUAAUAUUAUUUUUAAUUAUUGAAUUAUUUAUUAAAAACAUCAACGACAAUGGCAGGAACAAGUAAAGAUAAUGACGUGCCACAAAUGCAAAUACGUCUUGUUACAAAACAACAACAAUAUUCUGUACCAGAUUAUCCAUUAUCAUUGUCAUCAACAACAACAAUUAAAGAAUUAAAUAUUCUUGUUAAUCAAUUAUUAAAAGAUAGUGCUACUGAAGAGACAAGUGAAAUUGAAUUUGAUUUUAUUGUUUGCUCGGAAUUAUUAAGAGCACCAUUGAUUGAACAUAUUAAUGAACGUGGUGUAUCAACUGAGGAUGUUGUUGAAGUGGAAUAUCUUGAAAAACAUCCACCACCAGAACCACAAGAUUGUCUUAUUCAUGAUGAUUGGGUAUCAGCUGUUGCUGUCUGUGGUAAAUGGAUUCUCACUGGUUGUUAUGAUAGUUCACUUCACAUUUGGACAACAAAAGGAAAACGUACGUUAACUAUUCCUGGUCAUACUGCUGCAAUUAAAUCAGUUGCAUGGAUAUCACUUGAUGCUGAAACUGGAAGUUUUGUUAGUGCUUCACAAGAUCAAACAGCAAUUAUUUGGCAAUGGAAUAUUGCAACAAAUUCAGUUGAAUGUAUUCAUAUAUGUCGUGGACAUGAACAAUCAUUAGAAACUGUUGGUGUUAGUUUAAAUUCAUUUGAAAUGGCAACUGGUUCAUGGGAUACAAUGCUUAAAAUAUGGUCAACUUCUGCUGAAGAUGAUAAUGAAGAUGGUCCAUCAGCAAGUAAAAAAUCAAAAAUUGAACGUGGUAAAACAAGAGUACCAAAAAGAACACUUAAAGGACAUAGAGAAGCAAUUAGUGGAGUUGUAUGGUCUGAUAAUUCAGAAGUUAUAACAUCAUCUUGGGAUCAUACAUUAAAAAUUUGGGAUUCUGAACUUGGUGGAAUGAAACAUGAAAUAACUGGAAAUAAAAGUUUUUUUGAUCUUGAUUAUUCACAAUUAUCACGUGGUCUUAUUACUGCUUCAGCUGAUAGACAUGUUAGACUUUAUGAUCCACGUUCAACUGAGGGCUCAGUUGUCAAGACAACAUUUACCUCUCAUUCACAAUGGGUACAAUGUGUUCGUUGGUCAACAACAGAUGAUCAUCUUUUUAUUUCUGGUGGUUAUGACAAUAUUGUCAAGCUUUGGGACACAAGAAGUCCAAAAGCUCCAUUGUACGAUCUUAGUGGACAUGAAGACAAGGUUCUUGCUUGUAAUUGGAAAAAUCCAAAAUACAUGGUAUCAGGUGGAGCUGAUAAUACAGUUAGAAUUUUUAAAUCAUCUCGUCAUGUGUCAUAGAUGAAACAAUGUUAUAUUUUCAUAAUUGAAUAAGAAAAAAAAAUAAUUAAAAUAAAUGACAAAUGAAGAAAACAAAA